AUGAGCGAGAUUCCUGUCGUGAAUGACAUCAAGGUUGUGUACGGUGAGCAACUCGGCGAUGCGGAAGAGCGCUAUGCCAGGCUCAUCGCCACCUUCGAGGAGCAGUACGGGGGCAAACCCGAUUUGUUGGCUCGCUCCCCCGGGCGCGUGAACCUGAUUGGCGAGCACAUUGAUUAUGAGGGUUACAGCGUCCUGCCUAUGGCUCUCGCCCUGGAUACUAUCGUUGCCGUGAAAGUGGACGCAGGUUCUGACAAGCUGGUCGUUUCGAACACAAACCCGGAGUACACCACGAAAGAGUUCAGCACUGACCCGAGUCAGCAAGUUGACACCGCGAGCCUGCACUGGACAAACUAUUGCAUGUGCGGCUAUAAAGGCGUCUUCGAUUUUCUCGGGGAAGCUGGAAAGGCCCUGCCGGAAGCAAUCGGACUGAAAAUCAUGGUGGACGGGCGUGUUCCCACAGGAAGUGGAUUGAGUAGCUCUUCAGCUCUCACUUGCGCCACCGCUGUGGCUGUAAUGGCUGCUCACAACCUCGCGUUCACAAAAGCAGAAGUGGCUGACUUCACCUGCAAGUGCGAGAGGCACAGUGGGACACAAUCUGGCGGCAUGGAUCAGGCGAUUAGCAUCAUGGGUCAAGUCGGAGUCGCCAAACUUGUUGAUUUCAAUCCAGUGCGUGCCAGUGACGUCAAACUGCCGAAGGGAUCGGCGUUUCUCAUCGGCAACUGCCUUGCCGUCAGCAACAAGGCGGAGACGGCGCACGAGCGCUACAACCUUCGCGUCAUGGAGUGUCGACUAGCUUCAAUCGUCCUUGCCAUGGAGCUCGGUGUCGCUCAAGCAGAGGCCCUUGAGUUCUCGACACUUUUGCAGGUUCAGAAGCUCACAGGGAAUCUCGAAGAGUCUGAGAAGGCUGCGGACAAGCUCCUUCAUGACGGAGCAUACACAAAGGUUGAACUCGAGGAAAAGCUUGGCAAAUCUUUGGAUGAUCUUUUCAAAGACUCGCCAGCUUCUCUUCUUGUGCUUCAACACAACACCAAGGGAUUCAAGCUUCAUGAUAGAGCCGUGCACGUGUAUUCUGAGGCUGCGCGUGUUCACAAAUUUUCAGACGAGUGUGCGGCAAAUCCUUCGCUCCAAAGGCUCGGCGAGCUCAUGAACGCGAGCCACGAAUCUUGCCGCAAGUUCUACGAGUGCUCCUGCCAAGAGUUGGAUGAGUUGGUCGAGGCCUUCAGGUCUUGUGGAGCUAUUGGAGCACGUCUGACUGGUGCUGGAUGGGGUGGUUGUGCCGUUGCUCUGGUGGAGCUAGAUAUGGUGGAUUCCGUGUUGUCUCGAGUGAAAGACAUGUUCUUCAAGGCUCGAAUUGAUAGUGGCAGGCUCCUCGAAGGUGGGAUCUCCGAGGUGCUGUUCGCUUCUCUUCCUUCAAGUGGAGCGGCUAUCCUGAAGGGAAUUUGA